CCUGGCCCGGACCACCCCGGCCCGCCGCGCCGUCAACAAAGUGGUGUACGAUGACCACGAGAGCGAGGACGACGACGAGGAGGAGGACAUGGUCUCGGAGGAGGACGAGGACGAGGAGGAGGAGGACGGCGACGCCGAGGAGACCCAGGAUUCCGAGGACGAGGAGGAGGAUGACAUGGAGGAGGACGACGAUGACUCCGAUUAUCCGGAGGAGAUGGAGGACGACGCCGACGACGCCAGUUACUGCACGGAGAGCAGCUUCAGGAGCCAUAGUACAUACAGCAGCACUCCAGGUAGGCGAAAACCAAGAGUGCAUCGGCCUCGUUCUCCAAUAUUAGAAGAAAAAGACAUCCCGCCCCUUGAAUUCCCCAAGUCCUCUGAGGAUUUAAUGGUGCCCAACGAGCAUAUAAUGAGUGUCACUGCCAUUUAUGAGGUGGUGCGGAACUUUGGCAGCGUGUUAAGGUUGUCCCCCUUUUGCUUUGAGGACUUCUGUGCGGCUCUUGUGAGCCAAGAGCAGUGCACACUCAUGGCGGAGAUGCACGUGGCGCUUCUGAAAGCGGUUCUGCGAGAAGAGGACACGUCCAACACCACCUUUGGCCCUGCGGACCUGAAGGACAGUGUGAAUUCCACCCUGUAUUUCAUCGACGGGAUGACAUGGCCCGAGGUCCUGCGGGUGUACUGUGAGAGUGAUAAGGAGUACCACCACGUCCUCCCUUACCAGGAGGCAGAGGACUAUCCAUACGGGCCGGUGGAGAACAAAGUCAAAGUCCUGCAGUUUCUAGUCGACCAGUUCCUUACCACCAACAUCGCCCGGGAGGAGCUGAUGUCUGAAGGAGUCAUCCAGUACGACGACCAUUGUAGGGUCUGUCACAAACUGGGAGAUUUGCUGUGCUGUGAGACAUGCUCAGCUGUAUACCAUUUGGAAUGUGUGAAGCCGCCUCUUGAAGAGGUACCAGAGGACGAGUGGCAGUGUGAAGUCUGUGUAGCACACAAGGUGCCUGGGGUGACUGACUGUGUUGCUGAAGUCCAAAAGAAUAAACCAUACGUUCGACACGAACCUAUUGGCUAUGACAGAUGCCGGAGGAAAUACUGGUUUUUAAACCGAAGACUCAUAAUAGAAGAAGACACAGAGAAUGAAAAUGAAAAGAAAGUUUGGUACUACAGCACAAAGGUCCAGCUCGCAGAAUUAAUAGACUGUCUAGACAAAGAUUACUGGGAAGCAGAACUAUGCAAAAUUCUAGAAGAAAUUCGAGAAGAGAUGCAUCAGCACAUGGACAUAACUGAAGACCUGACCAACAAAGCUCGGGGCAGCAACAAAUCCUUUCUGGCGGCAGCUAAUGAAGAAAUUUUGGACUCCUUAAGAAUCAAAAGAGGGGAAGAUGUUGACUGUGAUCAGAGCCCAGAAGAAACAGAAAAAGACAAGAGUGAGGUCGAGAGUGACAACUCCAAAAAUGCGGAGAGGAGCAGAGAGGAGCCAGGAGACCAGUCCCUUGAGAAGGACAGUGAUGACAGAGUCUCUAAUGAAGAGCCUGGGCAAGGAAAACCUGAGGAGCCAGCAGAAGUUGGGGAUAGAGGGAACUCUGCGCCAGCAAAUCUUGGCGACAACACCACAAAUGCUUCUUCAGAAGAGACUAGUCCCUGUGCAGGGAGGAGCCCCGAGGGCUGUCUCUCAGACACCCAUGAUAGCAGCAGCAUGGCAGAGAAGAAGGUGGCAUCUGAGCUCCCCCCGGAUGUACCAGAAGACUCUAACAAGACAUGUGACAGCAGUAACACUAGUGCUACCACUGCCUCCAUCCAGCCUAAUCUGGAAAACAGUAGCAGCAGCAGUGAGCUCGGUUCUGCCCAGAGUGACUCUGCUGAGGCAGCGGAUGAUCCUGAAAUUGGAGAAAGAGACUCCCAUACACCUGUCUCUGCUCAGGAAGAGAUAGGUGAUUUCAGAUUGGAGAAGUCUAAUGGAGAAAUCGCCGAGUCCCCUGGAGCUGGGAAAGGAACAUCUGGCUCCACUCGGAUCAUCACUAGAUUGCGGAACCCAGAUAGCAAACUCAGUCAGCUGAAGAGCCAGCAGGUGGCAGCUGCAGCCCACGAAGCAAACAAGUUGUUUAAGGAGGGCAAAGAGGUGCUGGUAGUUAACUCCCAGGGAGAAGUGUCUCGGCUGAGUGCCAAAAAGGAAGUGGUCAUGAAAGGGAACAUCAGCAAUUAUUUUAAGCUGGGACAAGAGGGGAAGUAUCGCGUCUACCACAAUCAGUAUUCGACCAACUCAUUUGCUCUGAACAAGCACCAGCACAGGGAAGAUCAUGAUAAGAGGAGGCACCUUGCACAUAAGUUCUGUCUCACUCCAGCCGGGGAGUUCAAGUGGAAUGGAUCUGUCCACGGCUCCAAAGUCCUGACCAUAUCUACGCUGAGGCUCACCAUCACACAGCUAGAAAGCAACAUCCCUUCUUCCUUUCUUCACCCCAAUUGGGCUUCUCACAGGGCCAAUUGGAUCAAGGCUGUCCAGAUGUGCAGUAAACCCAGGGAGUUUGCACUGGCACUUGCAAUUUUGGAGUGUGCAGUGAAGCCGGUUGUAAUGCUGCCAAUAUGGCGGGAGUCUUUAGGACAUACCAGGUUACACAGGAUGACAUCAAUUGAAAGGGAAGAAAAGGAGAAAGUUAAAAAAAAGGAGAAAAAACAAGAGGAGGAGGAAACAAUGCAGCAAGCCACAUGGGUAAAAUACACAUUCCCCGUGAAACAUCAGGUUUGGAAACAGAAAGGAGAAGAAUACAGAGUGACAGGGUAUGGCGGCUGGAGCUGGAUUAGUAAAACACAUGUUUAUAGGUUUCUUCCAAAAUUACCUGGCAAUACUAAUGUAAACUACAGGAAGCCCUUUGAAGGAACCAAAAAUAAUACGGAUGAAAAUAAGGAUGAAUCAGAUAAAAGAAAAAGUCCAAGAAGUCCAAAAAAAAUUAAGACAGAGUGUGAUUCUGAGAAAGGUGAGGCAAAAGAUGGGAAUGCUACAGCUGGAGCAGAUGAUAGUGCAAUGGAGUUCUCCAAGGUGCCUGAGAAGAAGGAGCAAGAUGUAAAAGAACUUUUAGAUUCUGAUAAUGACAAGUCCUUCAAGGAAGAACCAAUGGAGAUCGAUGAUAAUGUGAAAACAGAGUCACAUGUGGACUGUCAGGAGAGCACGCAAGUGGACGUGGUCAAUGUCAGUGAGGGGUUCCAUCUAAGGACUAGUUACAAAAAGAAAACAAAAUCCUCUAAGUUGGACGGGCUUCUGGAACGGAGGAUUCGACAGUUUACACUGGAAGAGAAACAGCGCCUUGAAAAGUUAAAGCUGGAGAACGGCCUGAAGGGGGUAGGCAAGUCCCCCACAGGCGCUCUGAAAAGCUCCUCCGAAUCCCCAAUAUCCACAAAAGCAAUUGAAGGAUGUCGGGGUGACUUGCUUAGACAGGAACAAACCCCCAGUCCAAGUCAGGCUAGCCCUGCAGACGUGGGCCAGGGUUGCUCACAAAGUGAGUCCUUGGUUCUUGGCAUCAGUGGUCCUAGUCUCAGCACAAACAAACUAUAUUCAAAAGAUCAAGUAUUAGAUGAUGUCUCCACUCAGAGUCCAGGGCCAAACUGUCAGAGACAGAACUCUGUUGACAGUGACCUAGAUACCAGUCUCUCUGAACCUGCCGGUAAGGGGCUGGAGCUGAGUCAAACUAAAACAAAAGGAAGUGACUCUUUGAUUGAUGACUCUACACCAACCAGGGCAGAUGAUGCUGGCAAUUUCAUCUAUCAGAGCAAGAAACCACCCUCACAGGAAGAUAGCAGCAGCAGUGUGUCUUCUUCCAAGAGUACAUUGCCUGCAUCAGUACCUAAAAGUACCAUUGACAGAGAUGUCCGGUCCUUACCAAAAGCAUUGGACUUCGAUGGGAAAGUAGGUUGUGACUCUAAAUAUAAUAGCACUUUGGAAAAUAGUUCUGAUACUAUGUGUGUUCAGGGUAGUAAUGAAGAAGACAUGAUUGUUCAGAAUAGCAAUGAGCAGUUCAUAACUCCAGACCAAGGUGUCCAUAGUGUAGAGCCAUCAAAAUGUGAGUUACUUUCUAAAUCCACUGAAAAUUGUGAAGACAAACUACAGGGUAAGGUAACUGAAUCAAAUGGUAAAAAAACAGUCCAGAACCAAAAACUGGAUGAGAGACCAGUUAACAAAUGCACCGACCAAACAAGCCUAAAACAUACCACUGACAAAAAGAAUAAUGAAAAUAGAGAGUCUGAAAAGAAAGGACAGAAGGCAAAUAAAUUUCAAAUAAAUGGCAAAGAGAGUAAAACUAAAGGGUAUCUCAAGGGACAGUGUGUGAAGGAUGGCUCUGACAGUAAAGCUGUGAGUGGUACUGCUGAACCAAAGGUCAAUAAUAUCAAUAAAGCCAUCCCUGGAAAUGUCAAGUCACUGGCUGUUAAAGAAUCUGCUGUGAAGCCUUUCGUCAAUGGUGACGUCAUCAUGGAAGAUUUCAAUGAACAGAACAGUUGUUCAGAAACCAACUCACAUUCACUGAGUUCUUCAGAUGCCAAAGGGAAUCACCAAGAUGACCUCCAUGUCCUACUAGCCACCAAAGCGCCUGACAGUACACAGGUAACCAUACCCCCAGCCCCUCAUUCAGAACAUAGCUCAUUAAACCAGGUGGAAGACAUGGAAACGGAAGGUCCAGAGGGUAAGAAGGUUACUCCAUCCCCCGUUGGGACAGAGGGCUCUACCCUUAGUGAGGACUUGAUGGAUGAAAAUGGUCUGUCGUCCAGCAACGAUGAGAGCGUCAGUGGAGAAUCCAGAAGGAAAACGGUCAUCACAGAAGUCACCACAAUGACGUCGACGGUUGCCACAGAAUCAAAAACUGUCAUUAAGGUAGCAAAAGGGGACAAGCAAACUGUGGUUUCUUCCACAGAGAAUUGUGCCAGGUCCACUGUCACAACUACCACUACCACUGUGACAAAGCUCUGCACACCCUCCACAGACAGUGGUGUGGACACCGUCUCUGUAAAGGAGCAGAGCAAAACUGUGGUCACCACGACAGUCACAGACGCCCUGACCACGGCAGGGAGCACACUGGUGACAUCUAUGACAGUGAGCAAAGAGUACUCCACAAGAGACAGAGUAAAGCUCAUGAAGUUCUCAAGACCCAGGAAGACCCGCUCAGGAACAGCCCUGCCGUCCUACAGGAAAUUCGUUACCAAGAGCAGCAAAAAGAGCAUAUUCGUGUUGCCCAGCGAUGACUUGAAAAAGCUGGCCAGGAAAGGAGGGAUCCGAGAAGUCCCUUACUUUAAUUAUAAUGCAAAACCUGCGCUGGAUAUAUGGCCAUAUCCUUCUCCUAGACCGACCUUUGGUAUCACAUGGAGGUAUAGACUUCAGACGGUAAAGUCCUUAGCAGGAGUGAGCCUGAUGUUACGGUUACUCUGGGCCAGUUUGAGAUGGGAUGACAUGGCAGCCAAGGCUCCUCCAGGAGGAGGGACUACACGGACAGAAACUUCUGAAACUGAAAUCACAACCACAGAGAUAAUUAAGAGGCGUGAUGUGGGUCCUUACGGCAUUCGUUCUGAGUAUUGUAUCAGGAAGAUCAUUUGUCCCAUUGGAGUUCCAGAAGCACCGAAAGAAACACCCACACCUCAGCGGAAAGGCCUUCGGUCAAGUGCGCUGCGGCCAAAGAGACCAGAAACACCCAAGCAGACGGGCCCAGUUAUCAUUGAAACCUGGGUGGCGGAAGAGGAACUGGAACUCUGGGAGAUCAGGGCUUUCGCUGAGAGAGUGGAGAAAGAAAAGGCUCAAGCGGUGGAGCAGCAGGCUAAGAAACGCUUGGAGCAGCAGAAACCUGCAGUCGUAGCGUCCACCACGUCCCAAACAAACAGCACGAGCAGCACCGUCUCCCCAGCUCAGAAGGUGAUGGUGGCUCCCUUGAGUGGCUCAGUCACCCCUGGAACAAAGAUGGUGCUAGCCACAAAAGUUGGAUCUCCUGCCACAGUCACAUUCCAGCAAAACAAGAACUUCCAUCAAACUUUUGCCACGUGGGUGAAGCAAGGCCAAUCCAAUUCAGGCGUGGUCCAAGUGCAGCAGAAAGUCCUGGGUAUCAUUCCAUCGACAACAGGUCCAAGUCAGCAGACCUUUACUUCAUUCCAGCCCAGGACCGCAACCGUCACAAUUAGGCCCAAUACCUCAGCCUCUGCAGGAACCACUACCGCGUCACAGGUAAUCGCAGGGCCUCAGAUCCGCCCUGGUAUGACUGUGAUUAGAACACCACUUCAACAGCCAACACUAGGAAAGGCGAUCAUUCGAACACCUGUGAUGGUGCAGCCAGGUGCUCCCCAACAAGUGGUAACUCAGAUCAUCCGAGGACAGCCUGUUUCCACCGCCAUUUCUGCCCCGAGUCCGGCUUCUGCAGCACCUGUGCAAAAAGGCUUACCUCCAGCAGCAGCAGCUGGGACCGCACAGCCUUCACCCCCACACACCCCCCGCCCGCAGCAAGGGCAAGUGAAGCUCACCAUGGCGCAGCUCACUCAGCUGACACAGGGCCAUGGUGGCAACCAAGGUUUAACAGUAGUAAUUCAAGGACAAGGUCAGACUACCGGACAGUUGCAGUUGAUACCUCAGGGGAUGACGGUUCUUCCAGGGCCAGGACAGCAGCUCAUGCAAGCUGCAAUGCCAAAUGGCACCGUUCAGCGGUUCCUCUUUACCCCACUGACUACAGCAGCUACGGCCGCCAGCAGCAGCAGCAGCACCACCACCAAUACCACAGCAGCAGGUUCAGGUGAACAAAAACAAAGUAAAUUAUUACCCCAGCCCCAGGUACAACCAGCCACAACCCUGGCACCAACUCCAUCGCCAUCGUCGAGUGUGAGUCCUGCAGAAGCGCAGCCACAGACUACUCAGCCUGCAGCACAGUCACUGCCCCUCCCCCCACCCGCAGCGCAGCCUGAAGUCCAGACCCAGCCUCCUGUCUCGCCCCAUGUCCCUUCUGAAGCACAGCCAUCCAAACCCCAAGUUGCAGCACAGUGUCCGCCUCAGAGCAGUGUCCAAGGACAGUCUCCUGUUCGUGUCCAGAGCCCGCCACUGACUCGAAUACGUCCAUCAACUCCAUCCCAAGUGACUCCUGGACAGCAGCCCCAGGUUCAGACUCCAGCUUCACAGCCGGUUCCACUUCCAUCCCCCACAUCUCUGCAGGCACCUUCCCAAGGCCAGCCACAGUCACAGCCCCAGGUGGUGAUGAAACAUAAUGCUGUAAUAGAACAUUUAAAACAGAAAAAGACCAUGACUCCAGCUGAAAGAGAAGAAAAUCAAAGAAUGAUUGUCUGUAACCAGGUGAUGAAGUACAUUCUGGAUAAGAUAGAUAAAGAAGAAAAGCAGGCAGCAAAGAAACGCAAGCGAGAGGAGAGUGUGGAGCAGAAGCGGAGCAAACAGAAUGCCAGCAAGCUCUCUGCUCUGCUGUUCAAACACAAGGAGCAGCUCAAAGCCGAGAUCCUGAAAAAGAGGGCGCUCCUGGACAAAGAGCUGCAGAUCCAAGUGCAGGAAGAGCUGAAGAGAGACAUGAAAAUAAAGAAGGAGAAAGAUAUGGCACAGGUGACACACGUCAGUGCUGCCACAGUACCCACACCCCCAGUGCCAGCGUCAGCGCCAGCCCCAGUGCCAGCAUCAGCGCCAGCUGCCCCUCCAGCUCCUCCUCCUCCUUCGCCUCCCUCAGCACACGGUCUGCAGCCUGCAGGCCACCCCACAGCCCCACUGCCUGUCGCUUCCCAGAAGAGGAAGCGGGAGGAGGAGAGGGACUCCAAGUCCAAAAAGAAGAAAAUGAUCUCCACCACCUCCAAGGAGGCCAAAAAGGACACCAGGCUGUACUGCAUCUGCAAGACGCCAUAUGACGAGUCUAAGUUCUAUAUUGGCUGUGAUCUUUGUACUAACUGGUAUCAUGGAGAAUGUGUUGGCAUCACAGAAAAGGAGGCUAAGAAAAUGGAUGUGUACAUCUGUAAUGAUUGUAAGCGGGCACAAGAGGGCAGCAGUGAGGAAUUGUACUGUAUCUGCAGGACACCUUAUGAUGAGUCACAAUUUUAUAUUGGCUGUGAUCGGUGUCAGAACUGGUACCACGGGCGCUGUGUUGGCAUCUUGCAAAGUGAGGCAGAGCUCAUUGAUGAGUAUGUCUGUCCACAGUGCCAGUCAACGGAGGAUGCCAUGACAGUGCUCACACCACUGACAGAAAAAGACUAUGAAGGCUUGAAGAGGGUGCUGCGCUCCUUACAGGCCCAUAAGAUGGCUUGGCCUUUCCUUGAACCGGUAGACCCCAAUGAUGCACCAGAUUAUUACGGUGUUAUUAAAGAGCCGAUGGACCUUGCCACCAUGGAAGAGCGAAUACAAAAACGGUAUUAUGAAAAGCUGACAGAGUUCGUGGCAGAUAUGACCAAAAUUUUUGAUAACUGCCGUUACUACAAUCCCAGUGACUCCCCUUUUUAUCAGUGUGCAGAAGUUCUUGAAUCAUUCUUUGUACAGAAACUAAAAGGAUUCAAGGCCAGCAGGUCUCAUAACAACAAGCUGCAGUCUACACCUCCUUAGAGCUCAGCGUGUCACCUAAGCUAGACACAGCGAGAGGCUGGCGCUCUGAACUAUAAAGUAAAGCGCCAGAUGUUCUCAGUCAGGCUACCCUGACAAGACUUGACCAUAACCUCGUUCCUAUUGGUCACAACAAUCCAGUUGUAUUCUUGGCCAAUUUUGUCCAACAGACAAAGGAAAAGCAAAGUCAACGACACCGUUACACCGUUGUCUUGUCGAGAGCAAAUGGCUUUGCUAUUGUGGCAGAAGCAGGAAACUUUGUUUAUUGAAAAAAAAAAAAAAAAAAGAAAAAAGAAAGAAAAAAAAGAUACUAUGGGGUCAAGUGUAACUCCGUGGAAAUGCCACGUCUGCUCUUCAGUGAAGAAGCUGCUUAGAGUCUCACAGAAAACUUUGACUGUAUUUAUUUAUUGUUGCAAAAAAGACGCUUUUUUAUUGCUGCCCUCAUUUGUCAGCUAAUUAUUUUUUCUUAUAAAAUCCAGCCCUGGUCACGUGUAUCCAUCGUGUAUCUAUCAUGAUUCCUGUAGGUGACGUACAAGGCGACCUCUAGGUGUCUUUUCUUUCUAUGAAAGGAGCUGCUAUGUACACAAGUGCACACAACUGGGAAUCAACAGUGAGUCUAUCGUUCACAGUAGACACAAAUGAAGCCUACGGAAAGGCUGGGCUAAGUGGUCCUGGACUACAGACUUCGUUGCCUUGACUACACCAGUACAGACUGUCAUUUACUCUGCACCGGGCUAAAUGAGCAAAAUCUAUUUGAAGGUAUCUUGUUUGUAAACAUUUGUCAGAUUCUAAUUUUUUUUCUUUUUGUAUUAAAAUUCAACUAUGGAUGUAUAUGAAUCGAAAUAAAUGGAGAUCAUUUUUCUCCCCCA